GCCUAGCGGGUCAUUUAGGUUGCUUUGCCUCCAGACCCUGCUGCUUCCGUCCGUCGGUCUGUCCGUCCAUCCGUCCGUCUGUCCGUCCAGCCAUGGCCGGGCCGGGUCCUGUGCUGCUGCUGCUGCUGCUGUUGGCACCGCUGCCGGGGGCCCAUAGUGAGUUUUGCAUGACUUCCGGCGGAAAUGGCUUCCUUGAAUACUGUUCCUACUACUGCUGUGGCACCUGCAGUGACCAAUACUGCUGCCAGGAUAAGGCUCAUCAAGCGCCGAGCCCAGAGAGCUGUGCAUUGGAGAGCAACAGUGUGGCUGAUGCUGUGAACAUUGAGCCGAGGGAGCAACUGGGUACAGCACUGAAAUUCAGCAUGGAUAGUGACCCUAUGCCAGGUUUCGGGGCAACAGUUGCUAUCGGCCUGUCCAUCUUUGUGCUCUCCGUGGUCACCAUCAUUAUUUGCUUUACCUGUUCCUGCUGCUGUUUGUACAAGAUGUGCCGCAGACCACCACCGGUGGUAACUACGACCACGUCUACCACGGUGGUGCACGCUCCGUACCCGCAGCCUCCGAGCGUGCCACCCAGCUAUCCUGGACCAACCUAUCAGGGAUACCACCCCAUGCCCCCCCAGCCAGGGAUGCCAGCAGCACCCUAUCCUACGCAGUACCCACCACCCUACCCUGCCCAACCCAUGGGCCCUCCGGCCUACCACGAGACAUUGAGUGGAGGAGCAGCCAUGCCCUACCAUGCCAGCCAGCCUCCUUACAACCCAGCCUACAUGGACCCACCGAAGGCCUGCCCCUGAACACACCCUCUAUCUCUGGCUGCCUCUGAUGUGUGUGAGUGUGUGAAUGGGAAUGCAGACACGGUUCUGUUGAUGUGUGGGUGUGGAUGUUGUUUGUACACAGGCUUUUUAUAAUGCUGACGUGGUGGUGAGCGGUCCUCGCCAGAGAUGCUGGGACAAGCUUUAUUCUCUCCCUCAACGUUAAUCUUCUUGAAAUCACAAGAAUCCAAGAAUGGAAUGGGGGCUCUUUUUCAGACCAUCCCUGGGAGACCAGAGGGCCAUGUUAAGUGAGUCACACAGGUCUUUGUGGAAACAUACGUGUGCUUUCCUUUGGGCAGACUGCCAUGGUCUUGAGGCCACGAAGAGCCAGAGCCACAAUGCAGGCAAGUGGAUAAGGCUUGUGGCUCAGAAGUGGGGUUUUAGUCAUUGCAAGUGGGAGUGCCCAGGCUCCUGGGCCUUGUGCUGCACCUCGUGAGGGCAGGCAGCAUCCUGGCAUCAAAGCACCUCAGGCAGAGCCUCACCUACAUAUAUUAACUGUUUGCCCGGGUUGUCCCUGCCUCCUCCGAGACUGCCGAGGAACUAUGUUCAUCCACAGGUCACUCUUACUGGUGCCAGUCCGUGAUAGGUGGACAGGUGGCCUCCGUCCACUCCACCUCUGCACUCAGGUGUCCACCCUGCAGUGUUUUUUUUUUUUUUUCGUUUUACUUUUAGCCAAAUAUUAUGCCUUAUCCGUUUCAAG